UGAUACUCCAUGCUGGUUAAAGUGAUGGAUCACCAAGAUUACACAAGUAUCAUCGCGUAGGGUUUCUGUGUCAUUUUGGUUGCGCUAAUUUGACAGAAAAGCGAUCAUGACUUCGCUGCUCGCGCCAGAAAUUCCAGCCCCAGGCUUUUCCUUUGAUCUCUGCCAAAGGAACAAUGCCUUGAUCAAAAAAGGCUUUGCUGCUCCGAAAGCAGUCAAGACUGGUACUACUAUUGCUGGUAUAAUAUACAAGGAUGGCGUUAUUCUUGGUGGUGAUACGCGAGCUACAGAGGACACCAUUGUUGCAGACAAAUAUAGUUUGAAAAUUCACUAUCUUGCUCCCAAUAUGUAUUGUUGCGGAGCUGGCACAGCAGCCGAUACUGAGAUGACCACCGAGAUGAUAGCCAGCCAAUUGGAGUUGCAUCGCCUAAACACCGGCCGUGUCGUGCCUGUGUGCACUGCGAACACAUUGAUUAAGCAAAUGCUGUUUCGUUAUCAAGGCCAUAUUGGUGCUGCGCUCAUCCUAGGUGGUUACGAUCUGGACGGACCGCAGUUGUAUUGCAUUUAUCCACAUGGCUCCACCGAGAAAUUGAAAUACACCACUAUGGGAUCCGGCUCGUUGGCAGCAAUGGCAGUUUUUGAAAGUAGAUGGAGACCUGAUUUGCCGGAGGAAGAGGCGAAGCAGUUGGUGGCGGAUGCAAUUCGUGCUGGCGUGUUUAACGAUUUAGCAUCAGGAUCCAACGUGGAUCUUUGCGUCAUUCGCAAUGCUGGCGUCGAAUAUCUGCGACCAUAUGACAGAGCCAGCGUGAAGGGUGUGCGACAAAUUAGUUAUCGUUACAAGCCUGGUACCACCGCGGUGCUUACAAAGACAAUAACGCCGAUCAUUGUGGAGGAGGAAACUGUGCGCACGAUUCAACACGAGGCGAUGGACACGUCGUAAUUGAUUUUGCACUCUAUAUGAACUUAAGUUAUAGUAAACUUUUUUCAAACAGUAAGUGUUGAUUAUCAAAUCUAAUCUUUAAAUGUUUGUAAUAAAAAUAUUACCGAGUGUGCGCAAACAAAGAAUACAAUUUCUAAAUGCUGACUCUCAUAAAAAAAAAAAAAAUGCUUAAACUUUUUUUAAGUGGGCUUAUGUAUAUCCCCGCGAUACCAGCAGGUUAAUAAAUAUUUAUCAUCCUUACAAAGUAGAGUAAAGUAACAAAGUAAUUUGUUAAGAAAGAUUGCCUACAAGUUUAUCUUGUGAUCGAAAAAGUAAUAAUCAAUAUAAAUUUUAUAUCCUGUACACGAGGAGCGAUUAUUUAUAAAUGUUAGAAGAGUCCAGCAGCCUGCUUGAGCCGUUGCCUCUUCCAUGCGGGCAAUUUCUCGAAAUCCGCGGGUUCCAUUUUGAAAAUUACAAUAAAAUUGUCAUAAGUCAAGUGCAUCUCUUUGCGUCUGACAUCGACGCCAGCUGGCAGAUUAUCUGGUUCGCUCUUCAGCAUUGCCGGCGGAUACUUGAUGUAAUUAUCGAAAUCCGUGGUAGCCUUCGAGGCCAUCUGCGUUCUCGUUGAUUGAUCUCUGUCCUCUAGCAUGGCGCAGAAGACCUCGAACGGUUUGUAAUCCCUUAGUAGAUUGUGAUUCCAGUUCUCGAACAACCCGAUAAAGGUGGCCGGUUCCAAACCUGAAGAGCAAUAAAAAUAAAGUAUGAAAUUGAA